AUGGCCAAAUCCAAGAACCACACCACACACAACCAAUCCCCAAAACGGCACAGAAAUGGCAUCAAGAAACCCCGAUGCAAAAGACACAAAUCUCCUAAGGGGGUGGAUCCCAAGUUCCUAAGGAACAUGAGCUUUGCCAAGAAGCAUAACAAGAAGAGCCUGAAGAUGAUGCAGGCCAACAAUGCCACGGCCAUCAGUGCACAUGCUGAAGCUCUCAAGGCCCUUGUAAAGACCAACAUGGUCAGGGCCAACAUCCCAAAAGGCAGCAGUUGCAAGCUGAGCCGACUUGCCUACAUUGCUCAUCAGCUUGGGAAACAUGCAAGUGCCCACAUUGCCAAGGGCCUUAGGUUCUCCUGGCCAAAGGGCAAGGCUCAAAUCCAGGCCAAAGAUGCGGCUGCAGCACAGGUCCCCAAAGGACACAGGCUGCCAAAUGUACACAGGCUGUCUAAGCUCUGA